AUGUAUGAUUCCAUACUUCGAAAAUCUUUCUGCAUUACAGCACUUGCACAAGGCUGCUCAGUUGGGCUUUUCGACGGUGAAGUGCGAUGUUUCGAACGGUCCAUCACAUUGCGCGGUCGAGGUGGUAACUUUCAGUUGGACGGUCACUACUGCUUGUGUGGCGGUAAUCUGUGUAAUCGAAAUUCUAAGAUUUGGAUUCAGCAUGAUCCAAAAAAAUUUUAUGCACAAGGGCAAAAAGCCGGUAGCUGA